ACUGCCUGAGCCACUCUUCGUGCUCGCUUCUGCCCAGCUUAUCUCAAUACAAAGAAACAAUGCGGGCCCUUCUUCUGUGCCUGGUGGUGGGCCUCUCCCAGGGAAGCUCAGUUCACAGAAAUCGACGGGAACUACUGGGAAACGCCAUCGAUUUACAGUCGUCUCUAGGAGGAGGGUAUCUGCCGCCGCCUCCACCCAAGCCCUGCCAGCCGUCCACCAUCUACAGCACUCAGAUACAGUACUCCACUGUGGUGGUCCCUUCCACCGUCUACAACAACGACGUGCGGUACCUCACUCAGACCUCCUACCGUACACAGCAGGUCUACACCACUGUCUUCUCGGAAGUGGUCAGAACCCAAGUGGUGCCGUCCAUCAAGUACGAGACGGUGAUCCAUACCAGAACCCAGGACAACGUGCGCACACAGGUCAUCACCCUGCCUCCUCAGGUCAACUACGUCACCCGUACGCAGGACGUCGUGAGCACCGUGGUGCAGUAUCAGACACAGUAUGAAACCCGGAUACAACAAAUACCCACAACUAUUGUCAGGAACGUGGUGUCAACCUUAGUGGUUCCUCAGCAGGUAAUCAGCACAGUCUACCAGACCCAGUAUGUGACCAAGACUCAACAGCUUCCUGGACAGACCCGCACCAUUUACAAUACCCAGUACAGCACCAUCUACUCCACCGUGGUAAUACCAGGUCCAGAUGUCUACAAAACACAAACUGUAGUCAGAACCAACGUCGUCACCCAGACCAUCACCCAGCCAGGCCAGACCCAGUACAUCACUUCCACCCAGGUGGUUCCCGUCACCACCACCAUCUACUCCCAGGUGGUGGUCACCAACACCCAGACACAGUACGUGACCCGCACCCAGGUACAGCAGGUGGUCUCCACCUACUACAGUACACAACAGGUGCCGCAGUACGUUACCAGGACCGUUACCGUUCCACAGCAAGUGGUGAAGACCCAGGUAUCAACACAGGUGGUGCCCACAACCAUCUACAGCCAGCUGGUGGUACCCUCUGUGGUAUACCUUCCCGCCCAGACCCAAUACCAGACCGUCUAUAGCACUAUUAUCCAAACCCAGCAGCUUCCUGGCCAAGUAAAGACCCAAUAUCAGACACGAGUGGUGUACAACACGAACUACGUGACGUCGACAGUGUACAAGGACCAGGUGUACACCAAGACGGCCGUCACCACCUACCAGCCCUACUGCAGCACCACCGCCGCCGGCUACAACUACCAGGAACCUGCCACACCCUUCGACCCCUACGGUCGCUAAUGACACACUAUCUCUACCCUGCCAUUUUGAGGGGGGAAAAUAUAACAAAUAAUUCCGAUUACCUCCUCAAUCUAUAUAUGUAAAUGAUUAUUGAACGAAUGGUGUGUUAAGAAAACGUGAUCAAUUUUCAUUCAUGCAAGCUGAGUGGGUGUCAUCAAAAUAAAAAUAAUUGUUACAUUCUUUAAAUAAAAAUUAUAAUAUAAUUUA